CAGCCCACAUAACUCUCCUCUCCAGCACCGGGAGCAGAGGGCCAGCCCGCAGAGCCCUUCCGGAGGCGGAUAAUCCCCUCAUCCAUACUCGCAGUUCGGGAAAGGAUUUGCAAUAACUCACCUACAGGAAGACACCUUCCGGAAGCUCAUGCAAGUUACAACUUAAAGAGAAGCCUGAACCUGCGCACAAAUGGAUUCUUGCGUCUCACCUUGCGCGUUUUGGUGUAUAUAGAUAUCUGACGAGUGUAUAAUGUAGCAGCUGCUGCUCGGGGGAAAAGAGAGAGAGACAGAGAGAGCGAAAAAAAAAACUAUUGAAGCCUCUGAUACCCUUAUAAAUAUUAAUCAUGUUCGUGACGCACAGUUUUGCUUUAACUUUUAUUGCGGCGGCUCUCUGUCUGAUCAGCGGCGAACCGCCGAAUUCUUCAUCUGCGACGCAGAAUUCAACAUCCACGUCCAUCAUCCUCGGUCACGAUGAGCCGACGAGUAAAAACGCCACGCACGGUGCCGUGGGAUCCCGGAUCUCCCCUCUGAUGACUUACCUGCCAACUCUGAAAAACGUCGUUAUUUUCAUCUGUGUGUUGACAGCUGCGCUCAUCACAUGCCUGGUCAUCAAAGUGAUAAGAUCUGGCCGAAAAAUCAGGAAAACGAGAAAGUACGACAUCAUUACCACACCGGCGGAGCGGGUGGAGAUGGCCCCUCUGAACGAGGAGAAUGAUGACGAAGACGACUCGACCCUCUUUGAUGUCAAAUACAGGUGAAUCCCAUGUGGGGCAACUGUUGUUUUGGUAACUCCUUUUUUCCCCACCUCAUCUAAACUUCAGUGACUUUGCCGUCCAAGUGUCGUCACGCCAGCGAUUUCUACUCGUGUUUUACCUGCGUUGAAAAUGAACAGAUGUCAUUUAUUUGUUGUGCAAGGGUUCUAUCGCACUGUCUAGAUGACUUGCUCAGUGUUUCUAAAAUAAGACACGUCACAUAUCCACCAAACUUUAAGUGGUCUGGACAAACAAAAUUAUUCAUUUUGAAUUUAAUACUUAAUGGACAUACUUUUUAAACCUGAACUGCAAUAUGUUAAGGUGCAGGUUGAGGGAACCAAAGUUUUUCAGAAUGGCUUAACUGGAAGAAAAAUGUAUUAAUUAUCAGUGAAGGUUUAAAAAGAUCAGAAGCACAAAAUAUAAUGCAGGAUAGUUGUUUUGUCUAUAAACCUCCUAAGAGGCUUUUGAGUUUCAGUAUCCCAUUUAUUUAUGCCAGCUAACCACUUUAUUGUGCAUAUGUACUGUUAAAGGCUUACUAACGUUUCUGUCUGCAGUGUUUGUGUUGUUUCAGAUUCAGUUUCAUUUUGCUGCUAUCAAGCUGAUGUCAGUCAGUGUUGUCAAUUUUAACCUAGGAAUACUCUCAGGAUGUCUCUUUAAAUCUGUUUGCUAUGAAUGUGAAUGGUUGUCAUAAAGAGUGCAGGAAACGCAGCGGGUUCAACGAUUAAACACCAUGACACACCAUGACAACAUGUCGCCAGUGUUACAGAGCCAAAACAAGAUGAAGCAUUCUUUAGGAUCCUAAAAUAUGCCAUGUUUAGUAAAAGACUGCUAUAAAGGUUCUCUCCACUCCUGUUAGUGUCAAUCGUAGGGAUGCAAAAAAAACAAGCCUGAAAAUUAUUGUAUCAUGUACUGCAGCAGCAUAAUCUCACUUCAGAGAAUAAAAAUCCUCUCAAACUAAUAUUCUUUAACAUGAGUAUACUUCAAUAAUAUAGGAGAAAAAAAUGUUAAAUGUACUGAAAGUGAAAUUUAUAGCGCUACAGAAUAGCUAUGGAUCUCACUUGCAGAAUUUCACAAAAUAAAAAGCUGCAAGCUCUUCUUUAUGUAUUUGGUUGAGAGACAUCAUGCAAGGCACACAAUUAAAGCCAAUCUGCUUUAAUUGCACCCUUUUUUAAAAUGGGUCUUGUGCCAUAUGUGACUUAAAAUUAAUCAGAGUGGAACUUUUAAAUGGUUGUCAGAAACUUUAAGCUUCAUUUGGGUGUAAAUAUGUUGGAAUAUGGAUUUCAUUUUCCUCAUGACAAGAAUGACAAGGCAGCAUACGUUUCAACUCAGGCAAAUGGGUUUUAAUUUUCAUAAGUGGACAAAUUUUUAUAAGAUGUUUUUUUUUGCCUCAGCGGAUUCGAGAUUACGCAAGAAAAUAUGACUUUGUUUUAAGGCUUUUUACCCAUCUCUACCAUGGAUAUACUGAUAAUUAUAAAGGUUGCUGCAAAUAUCUGGUCAAAAAUGAAGCGUCUCCCUCCUUUGAAAGCUAUUAGUUGAGUUUAAUCUCUUGGGUUUGUUCUCGUCCAUAAAUAAUGUGCUGUUUGAACAGUUACAGCUUACAGAAACACAAACCAGCUCAAGCUGCUAGCUACACUUGCUUAUACAAUUUCCAUUUAUCCAAAAUGUUUUUAGAAACAAAAAUACACCUUUAACAAUGAACCUCCCGAGCUAAAAUCCUUUUAGAAAUGUAAUCCAAAUGUGCAAAAUCUACCAAAAGACUUUCUCCUCUGCACAAUAUUCAACAAAACUGACUCUGGAUAUGUUUCUAGAGCUGACGUGAGUGUUGAUGACCUUCUAUUUUAAUUCAAGCUGUUACUUGAUAGCACACCAUGCAGCCACCAACAUUUCACAUCUAACAGAAUUUUGGUCUAAUAGAAAGCGCACCAGAGCCAGCCUUUAACAAUGGAGACUCAGCUUCUGCUUAGCUGCUCCCAAACCAGUAGAGGGCCCUCUAAAGUGAAAAUUGAUCUCAAAACUAGAUAUCUUAUAUCCAAUAUGGCUGCCAUGCAUAUGAGAUGUAGUAAGAAAGGUAUAAACUGGUUAGUUGGAUGGUACCACUUCCAAUUGCCAACAUUAUGCUUCAGAUGGAGGGGAAUGCCUUUAGUUCGGUUUAUACUGUAAUAGAAGCUACAGCAUCACAACUGCUGUCCCACUGCUCUUUUGAUUGGCAAUAACAAAGCCCUCAACUUGACUUUGACAAAAUUCUUUGAUCUAAGCAAAUGUUUUAUUUGGAUGAAGCAUUGGUAUAAAUGUUAAAACCUUUUGAGAGUUUGAAAAAAGUACUAAUUUUUGAAGUUAAAUUUCUUCAGGAUUUAAAUAAUUACAUAAAGAAAAAUAAAAGUUUGAUCAUUAUCUAAGUCAAAGUUUAAUUUUGCUGUUUCUUCUUACGCAAUUUUAUUUACUUAAAUAAAGUGAACUGGAAAGAGGGGCUUAAAUCAAAUUCUGCUAAGACCAACUCUAAUCUGAUUUAUUUUUCCUUCAAGAAAAUUGUUGUCAUGUUCAGAGAAAAUUCAAUCUGUUUUAAUCCUCAUAGGACCAAAAAUGUAUACAGACCUAUGCUGAAUGUCUUCUUUAGUCUAUCUUUUGUAAACUGGAUAUUAUCAUUUUUCAGUUUCCAAAAAUGUGCAUGACCACUUCAUAUGUUGUUGUUUUUUUUUAACUUUUGAAUCAUACUCUUCUCCUCUAUGACCAGAAAUCUGGCAAACAGGUAAAUGUCUCUCAGGCUUGUACCAUUGCUAUUGUCAUGUAAUCUUUUCUUUUUCAUAUAUAUCAUGUGUGUAAAAUUGUGGAAAAAUCCUCAUGCAGAGAUCUUAAUUAUAGACAUUUAUUAGUUUUGAGUCAUCUGCUACACAAAGUUACUCUUGUUAAAACAAAUCAGUUGUGGCUGUGAAGACUUUAAAAAAAGAUGUUUAAAUAGUUUUAUAAGUUUCUGGAAAACAAGUUUGACACAGAUGUUGUGUGUAAACCGGUCUGUUCCCUCAGUUUCCAUGUCUUUACAACACUACUGGAAUAAAACCUUUUUUGAAGUGUUGACUCUUUAAA